UUGCUUAUUCCGGCGGCUGAUCGAUCAAAAAAAGUUAAAGCUACCGAUCGUCGCCGCCGGCCAGCCAGCGAGCUUGUCGGCGGCUAGCAGCAGGGUUCGGUCGCCAUGGCGGAGCUCGCGGUGGGGGCGGUGACCUCGUUGCUGGGCCUGAUCCGCAACGAGGCGCUGCUGCUGGGGAACCUCGGGAGCGACGUGCAGUUCAUCAAGGAGGAGAUGGAGAGCAUGAACAGCUUCCUCAAGCACCUGGCCAAGACGGCGCCUCGCGGUCCCAGCGGCGAGCCCGACGAGCAGGUCCGGACGUGGAUGAAGCAGGUCCGGGAGCUCGCCCACGACUGCAGCAACUGCAUCGACCUCUACCUGCAGAGAGGCAACCCGGCGGCCCACCGCUACUACUCGUCGGGCAGCCUCCUCCAGCGCCUCGUCUGCUGGGCUCCGUGGAUGCUGGACAAGCUCCUCGCCCAGCACUACGCCGCCAACCAGCUGCGCGAGCUCAGGCGGCGGGCGCACGACGUCGGCCAGCGCCGCCUCCGGUAUGGCGUCGAGGUCCCCAAGCAGCCAACCGGUACAGCAGAAGGAGCAACGACGGCGGCGGCCUCGUCGUCGACGCUCAAAGCUGCGGCGGAGGCGCCGGUAGCUGCUCCUCCUCCUGCUGCUGCUGCACAAGAAGACGAUGAAGUAGAAGAAGACGAAGACCACAGUGAUGGUGAAGGCGGGCAAUAUGACGGGUACGAAGCGGCCAAGACGGCUGUGGUUCGUCGAAGAGCCCUAGAGCCUCGCUCCCUUGAUGACUACUGUGCCGAGAAGAUAGUCCAGUGGCUAGAAGGGGAUGCCGCCAAGAGGGCAUCAACGAUACCAUCAAUCGCCAUUGUUGCACCGGAUCCUGAGGUCGCUGGGGCCAAUGCACCGUAUGCACGCGAAGCUUUGGCUUUCGUGGCGAGCACCCGUUUCAAGCGCUCUGUCUGGAUUAACCUACUCAAUGUGCACAAGAAGGAAUACUUGAGGGUGAUAGGAUACACGAGAACAAGACUCUUCGGUUCGUUCUAUCGAUAUCGUAUUCCUAUGUGGGUAAAGAUAAGAAAUCCGGCAAGACCCACAGACAUCCUCUGCUAUAUCCUGCGUGAAUGCCAGGAGCAGAAUAAGCAAAAGAAACAUCAUGGCGAGGUGCAGGAGCAUGAUGUCAAGGAUCAAGCCUACAAGGACAGAUCCAACAUUCUCGGUGACAUCAGUGCAAAGUUCCAAGAUGAAAAAAUGAAGAAAAAGGUGGUAGAAAUCGUGAGCAAGAUCCAAGAAGUAGAGACCAGCCAUGCGCAAGAAGAAGAGAGAUACAAGUCUGAAGAUACCACCGAUGGCACCGUGGAAACUACGUCUGAUACCCUCUGGGUUAACAAACCCUUGGGCAUUCUCUUACAGGCGCUUCAUUUUCUUCUCAUAAAACCAGGAGAAACCUCUGAUGGAAAAAGUCUCCGCGAAGGCAUCGAGAAGACAUUAUGGGACCAUGAUAAGAUUAUCAAGGAGACGGCCAAGAAGCUUAAACAACAUAUAGAAGCAGUGGAACCUGACUUGGCGAAAAAAGAUGCAGCUGAUCCUGAACAGAAGGAAAAAGAAGAAGCCAAACCUGUGUUCCCAAUUAGUCUUGAUCCGUUCAGGUAUGAACACAUACUGCACAAGAUGUUCCCAGACAACGAGCCCCAGCAAGCCCAGGAAGCUACCACCUCUAGCAGUCCCGAUGGUAGUCGAGCUGCCGCUGCUGAUUCUGGAGCAACUGCUACUACCUCAGUGGGAAACGGUGAGCUCAAAGAAAUCAUCCACAAGAUUGUACAUGGCAUCCUGCAAGACAUCCUAAAGGAGCAACAGCAGCAAUUUCCGCAGCUGCCGGAAGCUACCGGCAAACCUGCAGCGAAGCAGGAGCAAGCCACACAACAUAAGCCAGUUCAUCAUGAGGAGGAUGAAUAUGCCAGUGCAAUCGAAGAAGCCAAGCAAAAGAUUACACAAAUCAAGUCGGAAAUUAAGGAGCAGGUGAUAAUCCAAAUGGUAAUUGACAAGAUUAAGGCUGAAAAAUUCUUUCAAUCUGAAAAGACCUUGAUUAUCAUUGAAGAUGAUGAUAACUAUGUAUCCGGUUGGGAGGAGAUCAGAAAUGCUUUGUACCAGCUGUUAAACGAAGGGAGUGCAAUGAUUGUGACCACCCGGAACAUUCAAAGGGCCAAAGAAAUUUGCAAUCCACCACGGGAGCCCAUAAGCAAUUCUAUUGUUAGCUUGUACCAUGAUAUUUUGCUCCAGUUUACAAGCCAGUCGGUGAAAGAUGCCAGCCAGAUUUUCCGUGACAUACUGGAUAAGUGUUAUCCAAAUGAGUUUUGCAUGAAGAUCUUCGCUCAUGCCAUUUACGCUAAUCCCAACAGGAGCAAUGAAGAUCUGUGCAAGUUGCUUGGCUCCCUGGAUUCACAAAAAUCUCUGGGUAGCAUCAAUGCUAAAAAGAUGAUCAAGUUCUCCUACAAUGAUCUCCGCAAAGAAUACAAGGCCUGCUUGCUAUACCUAGCAAUCUACCCUCCAGGUUACCCCAUCAGCCGGUCAACCUUAGUAGGACGAUGGGUUGUAGAAGGGCUGAUAGCUAAGGAAGAAUGGCCUAAUGCAGUGCAUCAUGCUGAGAGAUGUUUUGAAGCUCUCGUCAAUCGGUGGCUUGUCUAUCCCAGUGAUAUUGGUGGUGUAGGAAAGGCAAAGAGCUGUGUUGUAGGUGAUCUUGUUCACGAGUUCAUUACCAAGAUCGCCAAGAAACAACACAUUGUGGAACCACGCCUAUCACAUCAUUUGGCUCGUCAUUUCUCCAUUUUCAAUGAUGUCCGACUCCGUGGCUCAGAUGGAAUUGAUACUUUCUUGAAAAAGCUCCGUGGAUCAUCUGAAUUUUCAAUGCUUAAGGUGCUAGAUCUGGAAGGUUGUCAUUGUUUCCAGAGAAACCAAUACUAUCUCAAUGACAUCUGCAGGAAUAUAUUACUACUCAAGUAUCUGAGUCUAAAAGGAACAGAUAUUACCCAGCUACCCAGUGAGAUCAACAAUCUCUAUGAGCUCGAGGUAUUGGAUAUCCGGCAAACCAUGGUGCCUGCAUAUGCAACAAGAUCUCUGCUCCUCCUAAAGCUAAAGCGCCUACUAGCUGGCCAUACUGAUUUAAGUUCAAGAAAUGGUGAUACCGACAAUUCAAAAAGGGACAAGAUGCCACUAUUCUCUUUCUUUCAAAGUAAGCAGGCGCCAUUAUUCUCUAGUGUCCAGGCUCCUCUCAAGAUAAGAAAAAUGGCAAACUUGGAGGUACUAUCCAAUGUGAAGGUUUCAUGGACUGGCAAAGAGUUGAAAGACAUUGGGAAGCUAUGGAAGCUUAGGAAGCUUGGUGUGGUUAUCGACGACAAGGAAAAUCUACUCAAUAAUUUGCUUGUAGCAAUAAGUGACCUAUAUGAGUCCCUCCGAUCUCUAUCAGUCUCUACUGUUCCCAGUACCAUAAGAGAAGGCACUUCACCCAAUGGACACUUACCAAAGAAUAUUCGUCGUUACUUGAGAUACCGUCCCAAGCUUCUUGAGAGCCUAAGCAUCCAUGGUUCCACACAUAAUGGUCAGCUUCUUUCCAUAGUAGCCGAAGGUCUUAGUAAACUUGCCAAGGUAACUCUGAGUAGCACCUCAUUGAACCAAGACGAUAUGAAGGUUCUCAGUGAGCUGCCCAACUUACGGUAUUUUAGGCUCAGAUACAAAGGAUAUACAGCCGACAAGCUCACCUUUAAGCAUGAUGGAUUCAAAAAUCUCAAAUCAUUUCUUGUUGAAGGCUCCAACAUGAUGAGCAUCGAAUUUCAGAAUGGAGCGGCUCCAGAGCUCGAGAAGAUUGUAUUGUCCUCCACCAACAUAAAGUCUCUUUGUAGGGUCGGAGGCCUUCCCAAAUUAAAAGAGCUUGAGUUGAAGAAGAACAGAUUUCUUCUUUCAAUCACUGAAGAGGGAGGAACUGAUGAGAAAUAUACUCGUAGCAAGCUCACCUUCAAGAAGGAUGAAUUCCAACAGCUAAAGUACUUCCUUGUUGAGGGCCCCAACAUGGAGACAGACAUAAUCUUUGAAGAUAAAGGAGCUCUAGAGCUCGAGAAGGUUGUCUUGUCCUUCGCCAACAUAAUGUCCAUUUCUGGGGCCAACAACCUUCUAAAGUUUAAGCAUCUUGAGUUGAAGGGCAACAAGUCGCUGCUUCUUUCAUCGCUUGAAAAUGCCAAAAAAAUAUCCAAGGUGAUCCUUCAUUCCACCUGGCUGGAUCGUGCUAACCUACAAAUUCUUGCCAAGAAACCAAGAAUCCGCUGCCUGGUGCUCUCCCAAAACUCUUAUGAUGAAAGCCAACUUAUCUUCAACAACAAUGAUUUCCCCGAGCUCAACAUUCUUAUCAUUGAGUGCUCUACCAUCACCAACAUCUCCUUCACCAACGGAGCAGCUCCUAAACUUGAGAAGAUUGUCUGGUCUUUCACCAAGAUGAAUUCUCUCUCGGGCAUCACCGACCUUCCGAAGCUGAAGGAGCUCGAGUUUACUGGUGAUUUUGUCCCUGAUCAGGUGAGGGAUAGCAUCAAAGCACAUACAAAGCAACCUGUUCUUACCAUCAAGCAGCCGCACCAUCAAGAUCAAGGAAAUGGAAGGGUACAAGAAGAUGACAACGAUGGGAAGUUUUCAGCAGCAUGCUCCUGGUUGUUGAAGAACAAGUACUGGCCUGCCGCAGGACAAAACGAAGAUUUCCUUGCAGACAUCCUACAUCCUUCCAUCCAUCCAUGAUCACCAGCUCCCAGGAUGAAUUUCAUGCUUGCAUUGUGUGCUGCAAACUCGCUCCGUCGCACGAUUUGACGAUCGGUAUGUGUGUGUGUGUGUGUGUGUAUCUGUGUGUGUGUGUGUGUAUGUAUGCGUGGUCUGUCCCAAUUGUAAAUAUGUAAUGCUCGUGUAUCCCUGAAUAAUGUUGUGUGUGAGAGUCUGUCUAUACAUUAAAUAAUUCCUAGCUUCCACCUCCUUAAUUGAAUGAUCUGUGUGCAUGCCACCAGAUCAGUGCAUAGCAUGCUAGCAGAUUGGAAGCUUGAGCACUGCAGCUGUGCCCAUCAAUGCAAGCUAUGCUCAUGUAUCAGAUUGGAUUUGUGUAUAUAUGUCAGUAUAUGUGUGGAUUUAUUUCA